AUGAAGUUGUUUCGCCAGAAUCUCAGUAAAUCUCUCCGGUUUCUGAGUUUGAAAUCCAGCAGGUCAUUAUCUUCUCCUGCUGCGACCCGCACUUCCCCUAUGGAGGAGGAACUGGGCCAAGGUUACGACCCUGGAAAAUAUUAUCCAGCCCGGAUAGGAGAGACUAUUGACAAAUAUCUUGUCAUUUCUAAACUCGGAUGGGGCGCUAAUUCUACCGCUUGGCUGGCAAAAGAUACAUCUCGCUGGGCCCGGCAGUCGACCAGAUAUGUGACCCUGAAAAUCACGAACUCCGGUGACGCGGCCAACAAAGCCGCGGAAGACGAACUAGAAAUAUCGAACCAUAUUUCUGGGCUGGGGUCGGAACACCAAGGUCUUCGAUAUAUCAGGCUGGUCAAAGAGUCAUUUCGAAUGCGAGGAAUGUCUGGAGACCAUAUCUGUUUGGUUUUCGAGCCUUUAAGGGAGCCGCUUUGGCUCCUAGGAAGACACCUUGGGAGCGCUGGUGUACCUCCAAAGGUUCUCAAGGCUUUCUUGAAGAUUUUACUGCUAGGCCUAGAUUUCCUGCAUUCUGAGUGUCAUGUCAUACACACAGACUUGAAAGCCGAUAACUUUCUUAUCGUCUUCGAAGAUGCUGUUGUCCUUAAAAGUUACGUCAACCAGCAAGAGCGUGACCCUGCUCCACAUGUGUUUCGGAAUGGACGCCCUGUGUUUGAGUCUAGGCCUGACUUUGGUCCACUACGAAGAGGAUGCUGCUGUCUUCGACACGUGCCAUCACUGCAUAACCAUGAGAUCCAACCCCAACCAUUCUGCGCCCCUGAAGUCCUUCUAAGGGCUGGUUGGACGUAUAGUGCAAAUAUAUGGAACCUUGGGACUAUGCUUUGGGAACUUCUCGCUGAGACAACUCUUUUUGACGGCAUAUGCCCUGAUAGCGCACUUUAUUCCCGUGAGGCGCAUAUAGCCCAGAUGAUAAGGCUUUUGGGUCCACCGCCUCCACAGCUUCUGUCCAAAUGUGACCCAGGUAUACAUGACAACUUAUUCUCAUCUCAAGGCACCUUCAAGUUCCCUCACUUGGUUCCAUCUGAGGAUUACAAUCUUUCAAAUUUGACGCCCUUCCUAGACGGAGAAGAUAAACGACUGUUCAUUGAAUUUGUCCUUAGAAUGCUUCAAUGGGAACCGGAGCGUCGAUCAAGUGCAAAGCAGCUCUUCGAUGAUCCUUGGCUUAGUUACAACUAUCCUUAA